AUGGCAAUUUUCUGCGGAGCUGCCACGGAAGCUGAGGUGCCUCGGCAAGGAAGUUUCCGCACACAUCAAGACCUGGCACGGAGAGGUCAUGAGAGGUGGCUUCCAGCGUUCGGCCGGGACAGGACCCAACGAGGCACAGGCUCCAGCAGCCACAGUCUAGCUUGGCCAUGCGGCUGCCUUUUUAUGGCACUGCGGCACCAGCGCAGCUGCUGCCGAGGACUCCAACGACGGGCCCUUCGCAGAACAGCUGUGGAAGUGGGUGUUGCCGCUGCGGUGCAGCCUGCGAAGAAGCAGGAGGCGACUGUGGCUGCUGCCGGCGAUGAAGAAGCCGGGAAGGUACGCCGCCUCCUGGGUGACCCGGAGGUCAAACUCAUACGUCAGCUGCAGGACCGGCUGCAACUGUACGAUGGGGAGAGGAUGGUCCCGCUGAGCACGUGCUUACAGCCGGGGAAGCCGCUGUACGAUGCGGACGUUGUAUGCAUCGGCGAGAUCCACGACUCAGAGGCAGACCAUGCGUUGCAGCGCCUGAUCAUCGAUGCCUUGACGUAUUCCCUCUUCCUUGCACUGCGAAGUUCGGAAGGGGUCGACCCCACCGCGCCCACGGGGCGUACUCCUCAGAACCUGUCGCCGCAGAGGCUUGCAGUUGGAGUGGAGUACUUCACUCGACAGCAGCAGCAGACGCUGGACCAGCUGAUCUUCGACAGGAGUGAAGGAGGGCCGGGCAGUUCGCCAUCAAAGUUCCGGGAAGCCUGCGACUGGGAUCGGCAGUGGAACUACGAUUGGGAAAUUUAUGCGCCUUUGUUUCGAUUCUGCCAGCUGAACUUGAACAGAGUCGUUGGAUUGAACAUUCCGCUGGAGGCAACCCUUAUGGUAUCCAAAGGGGGAGUUGCCUCAACUCCAUCAUGGCUGCAGUCGCGCCUCCCCGAUCUGGAUCUCUCACAGCCACGACACCGUCGGCGCUUCGAGGACAUGCUACGCAUGCCGCUGGAGGAGGCUGUGCAGAGGAUGAGUUCGCCCAUAGCGGAUUGGAAGGCACAAGAAAAGCUGAAUUCGACCUAUGAGGCGCAAGUGCUAUGGGAUGAGUACAUGGCAAAUACCGCGCUCAACUAUGUGAACGACGUUGGGGGCAGGCUUGUCGUCCUUGCUGGUACGAAUCACGUCUGGAGGGACGCCAUCCCGGAUCGCUUCGAACGCCAAUCCCAAGGAGCUGCCUCCGGGAAAAAGCGCGCCGUGUCUGUGGUACCCUGGCGCGGAAAGCAGUUGCCUCCUUCAGGCCUCUCUGACUACGUAUUGUGCAUGGACGGAGCAGGCGGAGGAUCAGAAAUCGCAGCAGAACUGAAGAGCCAACGCGAUCGCCUGAAGGGACAGUCCCGCGUUUUUCCUGCAGGCUACAUUUAA